UCUUUGCGAAGUGUUGAUCGUUGUCGUUCGAGGGGUGUUCGUGGCUUCUUUCGUAUCGAAAUAAGACUUCGGAAGCGACUGAACCAGAAAGAAGCGCGUCAUUUAUCAGUCUCGGACGGCUGUGCACUCGCCCCGAAAACCCGAACCUCCCUGGAAAGCAGUGUUUCUUUAUUUUUUUCGUGUUCUCUUUGCUGUGCCACGGAUGACUCCCGCACGCCGUAAUCCGCCGCUACUCCAAAGUGCUUGUUCCUGAGUUAGCGGUGUUUCCUACCGCGCUCAUCAAGAGCUUCCCGUGUUCUCGUCAAGCCGCGAAGUGAACGGAUCGUGUGUGGCGUUUCAUCCAUCCUUAUUACCGCGAUGGCAUCCGCCAACGCAUCGGGUAGGAGCUACGCCUUCAAGGUAGUGCUGCUGGGCGAAGGCUGCGUCGGAAAGACUUCGCUCGUGCUCCGUUACGUCGAAAACAAGUUCAACGAUAAACACCUCUCCACGCUACAGGCGUCCUACCUAGACAAGAGGUUGAACAUUGCCGGGGAGCGAGUACAGCUGGCCAUUUGGGACACAGCAGGCCAGGAGAAGUUCCAUGCCCUGGGACCCAUCUACUACAGAGACAGCAAUGGUGCGGUGCUCGUGUACGACAUCACAGAUGAGGGGUCGUUCAUUAAGGUUCAAAACUGGGUGAAGGAAUUGCGGAAGAUGCUGGGAACAGACGUAUGCCUGACCAUCGCGGGCAAUAAAGUCGACCUGGACAAGCAGCGCAACGUCUCCGCUGCGGAGGCCGAGGCGUACGCCGCCUCUGUUGGGGCCACGCACUUCCACACUUCGGCCAAGCUGAACCGCGGUAUCGACGAUCUCUUCCUUGACCUCAGCAAGCGCAUGAUGCAGGUGGCCAACACCAAUGACGAACAGCAUCGCAACAGCCUCGGCCGCGGAGGGAACUCGCGACGCACAGUGGUCAUUGUUGACGACAGCCCCGUGCAAAAGACGAGCUGCUGUGGAGGCUGAAGUGAACUUGCCCCGUCAUCCUUUUCGUCACCGCGAUAGUGCUGUAUUGUUGUCGUUGUCCGAGAUAUCCUCGUCCUCACCGGACCGCUACUUUGAACGGCCGUUGCAUUCUUCGAAUUUUCUUUGUUCCUUUUGCAAAACUGUUCCUUUUUUUUCCGUCUCUUUCUUGCCUCCUCUCCAAAGCACACCACCUGUACCUGUCCAUACACUUGUGUUUCCUCGUAUUUCUUUUACGGUUAUGGUCCUAAGAGCUUAAAACCUCACUGUAUGUGCAUAUGUGUAUGCAAGAGAAUCGACACUUGGGCUAGUUAGUUAAGAUGCAUGGUAUAGCUAUUAAGUCCACA